GAUGUGCUUGUGAGGCGUUUGCUUUAAUCAGCCAACCUUUCGAGUCAUGCUGCAGCCCCGUUUAAGCCCCGAAUUUUUGGCGGGGUUAGAGCUGUCCUUCCGCUCAUCAACUUAGGAAUAAUCCAUAAGGCAUAGGGCUUUGAGUCCUGGGCAGCCUGCUGACGGCUGUCUUCAGAUGUACUCGCACGGUCCAACAGCUGACAUCUACACAAGGCGCAUACGUAUUCUAUGGCAUCGCACUUCACGCGUACAGCCGUGGGGUGCAGCACAUCCUGGUGGCAAGAAGUGAACCUUGGGUUUGGCGCGCCAGUAAACGAGUCGAACAGUAUCUUUACCUUGCUGCACUCCUGGUUCCUCCCUUCAACACCGGCCAACACUGGGAGCAAGCGGCUAAGUUGCUUCUGGCGCAUAGCUGCCGCUGAACAAUGCGGUCGGACCAGCAGAGCCGGCGCGUCCACACAUGUUGCUUGCGGUCAGCGGCGGCAGUCGGCGGCUUCCUCAGCGCCCACAACACAACACCCUGCACGACUGGCCGCGUCUGCUGUUGAGCAGCACGCGGUGUCGCUAGCAGACGGCAACGACUGCAACCCUGACAUUGCUGCCCAGUUAGCUGGCGCAGGACAGGAUGCCGGCUGCGGAGUAGUCGCUAGUGCUGGGGCCCGCGGUGCAGAGGAGGACGUGGUCCCGCUCUUUCCAGCAGAGACCGUGGAGGAGGAGGAGGAGCAGCAGCAGCCCUGCUCACUCUCUCCGUGCUCUCACCCCCAGGCUGCAUAUGAAAGAGCCCCAUCGCAGCAGUCGGAGGCGGAGGGUCAGGAGCAGCAACAGGAUCAGCCUAGCACUCAGCAAUGCCAUCAAGUGCAAGCGGCUCUGGCAGUCGGUACCGGGUCACCAGCGGCCCGCGCCCUGCCUCUAGCCCUGUCCCCUCCUCGGUCUCCAGACAGCGACGAGGUGCAAUCCGCAGACGUGCAGUCGUAUCAGGACUCUGGGGCCCAAUUGGAGGUGCGCCUGCCCAGUCCCGCGCCCUGGAUGCUGCAGGCCAGCCAUUCCACCUCGCCACGCCACCCAUCAGCUGCUACCUUGCAGCCAUUGCCACCGCCGGUUCUGGAGGCAGCAGCCGGAUCGCAGAUAUCGCAGCAGCAGGUUGAUCACAACAGCACCCUCCCUGUUGCUGCUGAGAAGCCUGGUGAGCUUGAGGACGGUAACGGUGGUAGCCGCGUCCAUUUGAGCGCGGCUGGGGCCGGUAGCGAAAGCCAUGAGGUUAGUAAGCGACUGAUGGACGCAGCUUACGAUGGCUGCUUUACCCUGAAUGCCGCUGUUGCUGCGGCUGCUGCUGCUGCCACCUCCACCCUCAGCUGUGACGGCGACAGCGCCUCGGUCGCUGAGUCCGCAGCCAGCACGGCAGCCAGCACGGAAUCCUUCAAUCCCAUGGCUGCAGCACAUGCAGCGCGCAUGGCCUUCCGAUCCCAAGGCCUACCGCACCAGCAGCAGCAGCAGCAGCCACCGGUACGUCUCUCUGCCUUUUCCUCAUCCACCAGCGACAUGGGCCUGGUGGGCGCUGCCUCUCCGGCGGGCAGUCGCGGCAGCAGCGGCUGGGAGCGGACGCGAGCCUCCACCGGCAGCGGCCUGAGGGAGGGUCUCCCCCAGGCCGGCGGCAGGGGCGCCUCCGCCAAGGGCGAGCUGUUCGGCGGGGUCCGGGAACCCGACAUGGGCCGGGCUUACAGCACCGGCGGAGAACGGCCAUCCUCCUCGGGUAGCACGGGUGCUGCGGGGCUGCUGCUGCCGCCGCACCACCCCCAGCACAGCUUGCAGCAUGCUGGGUCGGUCGUUACAGCGCUGAGUGAGCCGCUGGGUCAUGUGGCGGCGCAGCUGCAGGGGCCCUCGCAACACCGGGCGACCGACCCGCACGCCGCCGCGGCGCUGGCUCAGGCUCAGCUACGACUAGAGCACAUGCAAGCCAAGCACAUGCAGCUCUGGCGGCAGUACGAGCGGCUGAGCGCUACGCAUGCAGCGCAGGCGGCGCGGCAGGAGGGCGUCAUAGCGCAGCAGGAGGAGGCGCUGCGGGGGAUGCGGCGGCACUGUGAGGAGCUGGCGGCGAGGAACCGGGAGCUGCAGAUGCAGUUGCGGAGGAGUGCAGAGGCGGCUUGCCAGCACCCGUCACAUGGGGGUGGUUGGGUGGCGGAAGGCGGGGGAUGCGGGAACGGCAGCGGCGGCGGUGGGGUAGGUAGGUCGAGCUACAACGGCGGUGCCAUGGCUUCGGAGCAUAAGACCUCUGAGGCUGGUUCUGGUCUGCAGCCGAUGCGCCAGGGGCCGUCUCUCCUUAGCGCUGACUCUAGUAGCAGCAGCAGCGGCGGCGGCCGCCGAGGCAGCCGCGACCCUGUGGUUGCUGCGAGACCGGUCCGGGCCAGCGGCAGUGGUGGUCGCGACGCCGAUGAAGCCCCGGCGGCUGCCGCUGCUAUCCGCUUUCACUCCAACCCGCUGACGUUGCUUUCUGACACCUUGGAGGGCAGUACACCUAGGGCCGGUGGCGACAUAAUAGCGGACUGCGCAGGGGAUCACUGCGGAGGCCCUUUUAGUCGCGGUGGGAAGGGAGGCAUGCUGGGCGGUGUGUACGGCAGUCGUGGGGUGGGUAUUGUGUUUGAAGAAGCUGGGGCAAAGCCAACGGGUGCGGCGUCGUGCGCUGGUACGCUGUCGUACGAGGCGUCGGUUUCAUCUCGCGGCAUGAAGUUUGGGGCGGGCAUGACGACGCAUGAUAACCCACUUGCAGCGGCGGAUGCACCGGAAGAGGCGUUGGAUGGGGUUGGGGGUUGAGGGGCUGCAGUUGUACGGAAGGUGGUGGUGUUUGGGGCGGCGCAUAAGGCAGUAGCAGGAUAGUCCUCGCUGGUAAUCUUUAGCUGCUGUGGAUGGUCUUCAUCUUUUGCAAUGUGAGCUUCUGAUUUCGUGAUACAAAUGGUUUCGAAGUUCAUUACUGUGCGGGUACAAAUGGCUUAACUUAUUGACGUUGCGGUUGCUGCACAUGCCCAUAUAUGCGGCAAGGGAUAGAGUGCGCUGAAGGGUAGAGGGAGGCACUGAAUGCGGCGUGUUUGGGCAAUCCACUAAAGGUCAUGGUGCUUUCCCCUAUGUACGUAUAUCACGCCAAAUCGCAACUCCAACAAUAUGGAACUGAUGCUACCCUGUGAGUACGUGCAGUCUCACCUCGUACGUGCAGUCCUCCUUCUCCUUGAUUACAUGCCCUCCUCCUUCACCACACCUUUGUACGUGUCAGCCCAUUCCUUGUCGUACAGUGCAAAUUAAGACGCACAAUGUAACACUGCAACACAACUGCAAUGUUUACGUGCCGGCCAG